GGCUAUUAAUAUACCUACCAAAUUAUAUAUAUAUAUAUAUAUAUAUCAAUUCUAGGGCAUGAAUCAGCUCGACGAUCCAAUUCCCAGGCAUUUUCCAUGGAUGCAACAAGCAACUCAGAAACUCCAAAGGAUACACUAUACGACGAGAUUAACACUUUCUUUGAAUCAGCACCUCCUCUAAAAGAUGGCCCUGAUAUCAGUAGAAAAUUAAAGGAAUUUAUUGAGAGGAAUUCUCAGUCAACAGGAGGCAGAGGAGCUAGCAGGGUUGUGUGUGUUACAUCUGGUGGGACAACAGUUCCUUUGGAGAAACGAUGCGUACGUUAUAUUGAUAAUUUUAGCUCAGGUCAUAGAGGAGCAGCAUCCACAGAGUAUUUUUUGAAGGCUGGAUAUUCCGUAAUCUUUCUCUCCCGUAGGGGAACUUGCCAGCCAUUUUGUAGAUCUCUUCCAGAAGAUCCAUUGCUUGAAUGUUUUGAGGUCAGCAAGGAGCUAAAUGUUCGAGUAUGCCAGUCACAUUCUGAAGCUGUGAGGACGGCCAUUGGUGAACAUUGUGCUGCAGUAGAGGGAGGACUCCUGUUGAAACUUCCCUUCACUACCAUAUUCGAGUAUCUUCAGAUUUUACAGUUGAUUGCCAUGUCCAUGAAGAAUCUUGGGACACACGCAAUGUUUUAUCUUGCAGCUGCAGUAUCUGAUUUUUAUGUUCCAUGGAAGAGCAUGGUAGAACAUAAAAUUCAGUCUUCAUCUGGUCCUUUGGAUAUGCGACUGGUUCAAGUGCCAAAGAUGCUCUCAGUGCUGAGGAAAGAUUGGGCUCCCGUGGCCUUCUGCAUAUCGUUCAAGCUAGAGACAGAUUCCAAGAUUCUUCUAGAGAAGGCAGAAAUAGCACUUAAAAAGUACAAUAUGCAUGCAGUGGUUGCAAACGAGCUUUUAACACGUAAAGAGGUUGUUGUAGUCGUCACAAGUAGUGAAAAGAUUUCAGUUCAUCGAGACAAGACUGAAGCUAGUGCUGAUGUGGAAAGUCCACUAAUCGAACUCCUUGCGGAGAAACAUUCAUCUUACAUUGAACAUUUGGAUUCUUGAUUUCUAAGCCUACAGAAUUGGAUAGGUGUCGACAAUCAUCCAUAGUUGUUCAAAUAACGCUUAGGUCAUGUUUGUUUGGGUAGACAUGAGCUUGGGAUUGGAUUAAUAGUCCAAUAAAAUUAUUAAUCCGA